AUCGGCGUGCGCCGGGGAGGCGGUGAGCGGCUGCGGCGGGCCUUCGGGUGUUCCCUUCGCUGCUGCGGGCCUUCGGGUGUUCCCUUCGCUGCGGCGGCUGUGGUGGGCAGGGAAAGGCCGGGACCAGCCUCGUGGGCUUCGCUUCUGCGUGCCAGACCCGCAGGACCGCGGGGGAGAACAUGGAUUCACAGAAGGACGUUCAGCCUCCAAAGCAGCAGCCAAUGAUUUACAUUUGUGGAGAAUGUCAUACAGAAAAUGAAAUAAAGGCAAGAGAUCCUAUCAGAUGCAGAGAAUGUGGCUACAGAAUAAUGUACAAGAAAAGGACAAAAAGAUUGGUAGUUUUUGAUGCUCGAUGAUGUCUGCUGAAGAUAGUGACUUCAUGAUACAAUCUUUUCUGAUAAUUUUGUUCUGUAAAACUCUUUGUGUAUAAAUGCACACUUUUAUUUGUGUUUUAAGAGAUUGAAAUAUUAAAGUUUACUGUAAUACUAAAUUUUGUCUAUAUUGUCUUCCAUCAAUAGAUUUCUAAAGCUGUUGUUUAAAUUGUAGUCAAAGUAUGCAGUAUUUUUAAGGCUCAGUGAUAAUUGUAUUCUUUUUGAGUUAUCUUUGUUUUCAUUACUCGCAUCUAAACUUUAUUUGCAUUUUAACUUUGCUAAACGUUCUUUGGACUCCUAUGAACUGCAUAAAAUCACAGUGGUUUGAAUAAAUUUUACUGAAAAUAAA